CAAUUUUUUUUUCUUUUGACAGACUUUUCCCACGUUUAGGGUGAAUAAGAAAAACCGUCUCAUUCUCAUGAGAAUCGCUGUUCAAAAAUGAUCAUCACAGUGGGAGAAUUUUACUCCAUCCUCACAGUUUCAUCAUGAAGUCGUCCAUCGAACGGCUUGGAAUAAUUUGGUGCCGUGACAAACGAUUUGGUCAGAUUUUAGUUUUCUUCGGAAAUCCAAGCGCACAUAAGAAAUUAGUAACAUGAAGCAUCAACAUCAGGCAGAAUUUCAUGGAAGCCAAGCAAAAUUUUGCAGAACUAUUGCGCAAAUUGUUCUAGUGUUGAGGUGGUCUCUUGUGCUCUGCACUACUGAGUCACAGGACAAUUACUCAACAGGCAAACGAUUCGUUUCUGUGCACGUGGAUCCUGAGGACAUUGUUGGACUCGGUUCUUUCAUCCCACUUCUGAAUAAGUCCUGCAAAUACAUCGCCCCGUAUGACGUGGAGCCGCAUUCUGCUUGUUUGUUGCCAAAUCCUCGGAUUCAAAUCAGGCGUGUAGGAGUGUCACCUGAUGAAAAAGAGUUGAUUCUUCAUUUGCAUAACAUUCUAAGGUCAAAAGUGGCUCAGGGACAAGAAAAACGUGGCCUGGGUGGUCGUCAACCCCCUGCAGAACUCAUGCUGGAACUGGUCUGGGACGAUGAACUCGCCAUGGUAGCUCAGAGUUGGGCUUCUCAGGGUUAUGACCCUCGGCUGCGUAGUGACCUGAUGCCAAACAAUGCUCAUGAUUGUAACACUUGUCGUAGUGUCCCAAGAUAUGAGUAUGUUGGGCAGAAUGUUGCUUGGACAGGCCAGCCAUGGCAAAAGGACAAAACAUAUUUGCCGAGCCGUUGGGAACAUCACAUACACCAACUUUAUGACGAGGUUGACCACUUCAACCCCAAAUAUGUUCCCAGAUUCAAACGGAGUAAAGGGGAUUGGCACAUCGGUCAUUACACGCAAAUAGUCUGGGGAAAAUCUGCGAAAAUCGGAUGCGGUGCUGCAUAUUACGAUUGCAUGUUUCAAAGCAGAAAAUCAAACCGAACUGCUGUUCCGGGUCAAUGCUUGAAAUACGUUUGCAAUUACGGACCCGCAGGAAAUUUUCCCGGAGAACCGGUUUACGUUACUCCUGCAGCAUCGAAUAACCAGAGCGGGAUGAAAGUGCGGAAAUCCAGGUGCGUCGUGUCGUCGUCGCAAUAUCCGGGCCUUUGCGCGAUGCAGACUUUCUCGGAUCUCUUCUUCGACGUCGGGGCGCAGAUGUCACUGAGGUCGAAGACUAGAUUUGCAAAUAAUCAGCACAAAAGGAGACAAUAUCAACGACGAGUCGCGACGGGAACGAGACGGAAUACGGUCGGGAUCGAGGCCAAUAAUAAUAAGCGUCGUCGCCAAAGGCCGGGGAAAUCAUCGUUGCAGCGUCCUUCAAUUUGGCACAAACCAAAUUUGCAAUCGGGAACAACGAUAUCUGAGAAUGAAGAAACCUGGGCGAAAGUCCGAGAUUUGUCUAGAAGAAUCGACAAAAUUAAUCAGACAAUGACGAGAGCCUCGCGUAAUCGGCAAUUGAUGGGUAUACAUUUGACGAUGAAGAUUUGUAUACCGGCUAAUAAGAUGCCCAAGAGAGUGGGGCAAGAAAAUUGUAGUCAGGCCGGGGAUGAAGAGACGAAGACGAAACUGCGACGAAGCAACGUAAUCAAACACCAGGGUCGGCAGCUAAUCCGGGCUGUGGUAAUCUACCCUGAGUUGCGACGGAGUUUCCCGGACGAAGAUGCUACUAACGCCCAUAUAUGGAAAUGA